CCAACAUGUCCAGCCAAUUUGAGCUCGCACAGAACCCUACCGAGCCCAUAUCGUCCGUCACAUUCUCGCCGCGCACACCGACGCGAUUGUUGGUAUCUUCGUGGGACAGACAUGUUUACCUCUACGACACACACGGCGAGCCUGGCGGCAAGCUGCUGCAGAAAUUCGAGCACCGCGCGCCAGUGUUAGACGUGUGCUUUGGUCGUGACGACAACGAAGCCUUCAGCGCAGGGCUCGACUGGGAAGUGAGAAGAAUCGACCUGUCCAGCGGCGCGCAAACAGUCCUCUCCACCCACUCCCAAGGCGUCCGUAACAUCCUCUACUCUGCCCCACACAACCUCCUCAUCUCCGCAUCAUGGGACGCAACCCUGCACUUGCACGACCUCUCCAACCCCGGCGACUUCUCCUCCAUUAGCCUGCCGUCCAAACCCUUCUCCCUCACCGCGUCCCCCACAAAACUCGUUGUCGCAAUGGCCAGCCGCGCAGUGAACAUCUACGAGCUCAGCGCGUUAUCGAGCGCCGCAAAGCAGGGUGGCGGAGAAACAGUAAACGUCGAGCCCUGGCAGCGGAGAGAGAGCUCAAUGAAGUACAUGACGCGCGCGGUCGCGUGCAUGCCGAAUGAUGCUGGGUACUCGAGCUCGAGCAUUGAGGGACGUGUAGCGGUCGAGUGGUUCGAUCCGAGUGAGGAGAGCCAGGCUAGGAAGUACGCGUUCAAGUGCCAUCGUCAGAAUGUGGAUGGGCAGGAUGUCGUGUACCCGGUCAAUGCGCUGGCAUACCACCCUGUACACGGGACAUUUGCGACAGGUGGUGGUGACGGCGUUGUAGCGUUGUGGGAUGCAGUUGCAAAGAGGAGGAUAAGACAGUACCAGAAGUUCCCCGCGAGCGUACAGACGAUCGAGUUCUCAGCUGACGGAAAGUUCAUGGCCGUUGGUGUCAGCCCAGGAUUCGAGGAUGGUGUGGACGAUGUACCAGAUGGUGUCAUCAAGGUAUUCAUUAGGGAGCUCAGCGAUACAGAGGCGCAGGGCAAGAAGAAAUAGAGGAUAUCAGUAUGGAUGGGAUGGAGUAUGGCGUUCACGUGGCAUGGCCAUGAAUGGAAGAGACAUUUGUAUGUUGCAUACCCAGAGCUGACACGGAAGGUUACACAAUACAACAU